AGAAGAAGAAGGAGAGGAAGGAGAGAAGGAUCUGCCCUGACGGAGGAGGAGGAGGAGAGAUGUGUUUCCUCUAAUGAGACUCGCCCAUCCAAGGACUCUCUCUCUCUCUCACUAUGAGUGUUGUUGCUCUCUCGCCCAUGGCCGCUGAGCCUCCCUCUCCGAUGCUGACCUCCAUCACCCCGACCCUGGACCCCGCCGCCUCCCCCUCCUCCCCCACUGACGCCUCCCCCGUCAGCCUGAAUGUGGAGGGGGGCGGGGCCUCCUCUCUGGACCCCGGUCCCAGCCGAGGACCUGACCCGGACUCCAGCGGCAGGUCCAGGAAGCCUCCUCCUCUCCAUACAGGAGCAGACUGGAAGGUCGUCCUCCACCUCCCAGAGAUUGAGACGUGGCUGAGGACGGCGGGCGAUCGAGUGACGCAGCUCUCUCACUCCGUGGGACAGGACGGAGACGGGAGACACGUGGACGUCCACCUGGUCCAGCUCAAGGACAUCUGUGAGGACAUCUCAGACCAUGUGGAGCAGAUUCAUGCUCUGCUGGAGACAGAGUUCUCCCUGAAGCUUCUGUCCUACUCGGUCAACAUCAUCGUGGACAUCAGGACCGUCCAGCUGCUCUGGCACCAGCUCAGAGUCUCAGUCCUGGUCCUGAAGGAGCGUCUGCUCCAGGGUCUGCAGGACUCCAACGGAAACUUCACCCGGCAGACGGACAUCCUGCAGGCCUUCAGCCAGGACCAGCACCAGGACCAGCACCAGGUCCGUCUGGAGGCUCUGACCGAGGUGGAUGACUGUGGUCAGCUGACCAUCCGCUGCAGCCAGGACUACUUCUCUCUGGACUGCGGCAUCACUGCCUUCGAGCUGAGCGACUACAGUCCCAGCGACGACCUCGAGGCCCCGGAGCCGCGGCCCUCGGAGCCCGACCCCUCCAGGUACCCGGACCAGGAACCAGGAUCCCUGCCAGACCUCUCCCCGGCCCCUGACUCCACAGACCAUCCUCCAGGUUCAUUACCCACGAUGCAGAAGCGGCACCUGCAGGGGGUCAGCCUCAGCACCGAGGUGUCCCCCACUCAGCCGUCCCUCCCCAAGAGAGCUGCCCUGUUCUCAGCCAUGGUGGAGGCCUCCAGGGGGGGCGUGGGGAAGCCCAACCCGCUCUCCGGGCUCCAGAUCCAGGCCGAGCUGAGCCGCAGUACCCCGUCUCUGGUGGAUCCUCCGGACCGCUCCAAGUUCUGGUUGGAACUGGACUCAGUUUAUCCAGAGAACGUUUCACAGUCCUACGAGAGUCUGCAGGUGGUGGAUGUGAGCUCCAGACAUGGAGGGUUCUCAGAGGGGAGCGUCCAGACGCCGCCGUCCCAUCAGAGGAGCUCAUCUGGGGCCGAACCCGCCGCCGCCGCCCCCCGGCUCCUCCAGGGCCCCGGGACUCAGGACGAAACCAACCAAACGCAGAGGAUGAAGACGAAGACUCUCGCCCACAGCGAGGAGGACUCUGACUCCUCGCUGCCCUCCCCCAUGAGGGAGCAGCUCCUCUCCUCAGACCUGGAGGCGUCUGGGGAGGAGUCGGACCCCCGACCUCCCCCCGGCAGGACGGCGGUGUGGAUCGUGAAGAGGCAGAAGGCCGCCCCGUCUGCAGCCAGCCCAGACCGGGAGCACUGGUACGGGUCCGAGGAGUUCCUGGCUCUGCCGGCUCAGCUCCGUAAAACAGAGAUGCUCGCUGUGAAGCUGGAGAGUCUGACUCAGUCCAUCCCACCGAGACCAGAGGACUCGACCCAGGAGGCUCUGCAGGACGUAGACGACUGGGACCUGACAGAGCUGAACCCAGACUGGGACGUAGGGGAGGACGCUGCUCUGCCAUCUCUGCUUCCUCCCAGACGUCCCCUGGUCGGACGCUUUAGCCCCGCCUCCUCCAGCGACAUCGCGCCCUCACUGGACGAGAGCCUGGAGUCCGGCCGGCUGAGUGACCUGCAGUCCGAGGAGGAGGAGGAGGAAGGUCGUAAGUCUGCGGACGCUCGCCUCCAGCCGACGGCGGUGACCACGACGACGGUGGACGGACGUCGAUGUGCGUCUCUGGUGCAGCAGCUUCUGGAGGACGUUCAGAGUCAGGACAAAGACUCCGACAUCUGGAGGAAGAUCGAGUGCUUUGUGGACCAGUUGGACGGUUUCAUCUCGUGGCUUCAGGACUCGCUGGACGACACCGAGAACUGGACCCAACCCAGACAGGACCUGGACAGCCUGAGGGUCUACCUGGACACACACCUGAGUUUCAAACUGAACGUGGACGACCACGGAGCUCUGAAGGAGAGAAUAAUGGAGGACGGCAAAGAGCUGCUCGCCACCAUCACCUCCCACCAAUCAGUGCUGAAGGAGAUCCUCCACAUGGUCUCCAGCCAGUGGGAUCAGCUCCAGCGUCAGAUCCGCCGCCAACAUGGCUGGAUGCUCCGCGCCCUCCGCUGCAUCCAGUCCCGCCUCUUCUACACCAGCCAAUCACACGGCCCCUUCGCAGCCCCACAGGACCUGUCGGCCAAUCAGGAGGCUCCGUGCUCCGCCCAAGGCCUCAAGGUGGAGCUGAGCUCCAGUCCGUGUGAAGCCCAGCGAGUCGCUCUGGAGCAGAUGGCGAUCAAACUGAGCCGCUUGCACUACCCACCACCCGCCAGCAGGAGGCACUGCAGUCUGCAGGAGUUUGAGGCUGAGUACCAGGAGGUGUGGGAUUGGCUGAUGGACAUGGACGCCAUGGUAACGGACAGUCAUCAGCUGCUGAUGUCAGAGGAGCAGAGACAUCACCUGUUUAAGAGUAGCCACGCUGAGCUGAUGAUGAUGGAGAGCAGGAGGACCGGUCUCUUGGGCCGAGCCGAGUCUCUGAGGAGGAGCCGGACACAACUACCCCAGGACUUCCAGCACAAGAUACACAACCUGACGCACACAUGGAGGCAGCUGGAGAAGAUCCUCUCCGAUCAUUCCGGGCCGAGCUCCGUCUCCUGGAACCACGUCUCCAGGGAGCUCGCUGUCCCCCCUCAAACUCCCCUGGCAGCGCUGUCGCCCCCAUCACCACUCCUCCUGGAGCAGCUGGAGUCUCGCAUCAAGGAGCUGAAGGUCUGGCUCCGGGACACCGAGCUCCUCAUCUUCAACCACUGCCUCCGACAGGACAAAGACGCUUCAGAGCAGCUGCAGAGCUUCAAGUCUCUGUGUUUGGAGAUUAGAGCUCGACGUCGAGGAGUCUCCUCCGUCCUCAAGCUCUGUCAGAAACUACUGCAGCAAAGUCAGUCGGGCUCCAUGGCGGAGGUGGGCCCAGACGCGGAGCAGCACCGGGAGGCCCUGCAGCUGCUGUCAAUCAACCUGGAGAGGAGGUGGGAGGCGAUCGUGAUGCAGGCGCUGCAGUGGCAGAACAGACUGAAGAGAGAGCAGCAGGUUCUGGGGAACUUUCUGGAGCCGGGUCUGGUGGACCUGCACCAGAUCAGCCCGGUCUCGGCCGGUCCAGCGGUUCUGGCUCCAGACGACUCGUGGGAGUGGGAUGAAACGGACCUGACCAUCACAGAGUCAGAGCCUCAGCCAGACCUGACCCACGACCUCCCCACGGCCCCCGGGGUCCACCAGGACCAGGACCCGCCGAGCCCGGGCCCACGUCUGGCCCCGGCCUCCGGGAUCCACCAGGACCAGGACCCGCCGAGUCCGGGCCCACGUCUGGCCCCGGCCCCCAGGAUCCACCAAGACCCGCCGAGCCCGGGCCCACAUCUGGCCCCGGCCCCCAGGGUCCACCAGGACCAGGACCCGCCGAGCCCGGGCCCACGUCUGGCCCCGGCCGGACCGGGUCCCGUGACCAGGCCCGGCCUCAACGUGUACCAGGUCUACAGCCUCCACACGGUGGAGCUCUACAACCAGCCCCCGGCCCCCCCUCCCUCCACUCUGCUGCACAGAACCACGGCCGCUAAGAGGAAGCAGCACCUCCUCCUAAAGAGUCUGAGCAAGGACUCGUCCUUCUCCUCCAUCGAGUCCCUCCCAGACCUCCUCCUGGGGGGGCUGAUGUCAAACGGCCGGGGGAGCGGGGAGUCGGCCAACAGCCGUCGGUCCGAGUGUGAGAGCGGAAUCGUCAGCGAUACCGGAGAAACCCAGGCGGGGGAGGAGGAGGAGGAGGAGGAGGAGACGGGGGAGGAGGCGGGAGGAGGAAGCGUCUCCAGGCAGAGGACGGACGUGAAGAAGGAGAGAGGACGGAGGAGGCGCUGCAGGAGGGGAGGAGGAGACGCUGUGGAGCUCCUGACCCCGGCUGGUUCAGACUCUGAGGGGGGAGGAGUGACGGAGGAGGUGAAGGGGGGAGGUGUGGAGUCCCAGGGCUCCUCCCUGGAGUCGCUCCUAGCUCUGGGCCUGGAGCUGUUCCCCUCCAAAGACGCCCUCCAUCGCAGCGCCUCCCUGGAGAACGGCCUGGAGACGGGGGGCGGCGCCUCCGGCCCCCGGGACCUCGGGCAGAGGAGAGGGAGCGAGGGAGGUGAAGGGAGGAGGAGCUCCACCCACGGGGAGCUGAGCAGGAGGACCCUGGACCUCCUGGAGCGUCUGGAGAACAUCCAGACUCCUCUGGCCAACAUGACCAGGAGCGUCUCCGACAUGACCCUCCGGACCAGCUCCUCCCCCCAGAGGAGCCGCCUCCCCGCCUCCCCCUCCCUGGGCGGCCGCCUCGCCCCCCCCUCUGGGAGGAGAGCGCCUCCCUCCCUGACGGCCCAGGGCUCUGGGACGGCGUCUCUGACGGAGCUCAGCAGCGCCGAGGAGUCAUCCCUGGCCUCCGAGGAGCUCAGACCUCCUCACAACCUGCUCCUGGACCAGAGGCUCAACAACAACACGGCCUGGACCAGGAGGCGCGGCCCCGGCAGCAGAGGAGGCCCCGGGGCGGAGGAGGCGGACGGCGCCAGCCUGAGCAUGGUGGUCAACGUCUCCGCCUGCACCGACGAGGAGGAGGACGACAGCGACCUCCUCUCCUCCUCCACACUCACCCUCACUGAGGAGGAGCUUGGCGUCCGGGACGAGGACGAGGAGGGGGAGGAGGAGGGGGAGGGGAGGCUGAGUGGUUCCUCCUCCACCAACGAGGAGGAGGAUGAAGAGGAGGUGCUGGGGCUGGAGUACAUGAAGAAGGAGCUCCAGAGCUGGAUCCGAGCGCCCCGCGCCUCCUCUUCCUCCUCCAGAACGGAGGCGGGCCUCUGGGACGAGCUGCAGUGCGGGACCACCUCCUUCACCUCCUCCUCCUCCCCCCAGAAGGAGACCAGUAAGACAAAAGGAGACAGGAGAGGCACGGAGGAGGAGCAGGAGAACAGGAGGAGCGUGAGCUACAUGAGCCGGCUUGUGGACGACGUGGAGAACGGGAACGUGGAGCAGAGCGGCUCCAGAGGGAAGGAGGAGGACGACCAGCUCCUCCGAGAGGAGUCCAGCGUGUUCACCAAGAAAGGGGAGGUGCUGAGGGAGGCGCUGAGGGAGGCGCUCCACGACGUCGACAACCAGACGUUAAAAACGGAGUCGGAGAAGCUCCUCCUGCCCUUCUCCUCCAAACGUGGCUCCUCCCUGGUGGGAGAGCUGAGGGGGGAGCUGCCCUGCCACAACUCCUCCCUCCCUGCGUCUCCUCCCUCCCUCUCCCCGGUGGAGGACUGCAGGAAGUCCAUCACCAUCCAGGAGAAGUUCAAGUUCUCCUCCUUCGUGACGGAGCACACGAGGAGCGAAGUGAGGGACAAACAUUCGUCCCGUCCUCCUAAGAAGUGGCUCAGCUCCCACGCCUCCUGCUGCAGCCACCUCCCCUCCGCCCCCCCGGCCCCCCCGCCUCCCCCGCCCAAGGCCAAGGAGGAGAACGUGCACGAGUUUGUGAUGGAGAUCAUCGACAUGACAUCUCUGGCCCUGAAGAGCAAAGAGAACCAGAGGGAAGAGUCCACCCAGGCCGAGAGGGGGGGGUCCAUCCAAGACCAGGGUCCUGCUGCACUGACCCAGAUCCGAGACAAGGUCCUCCAGCACUCCCACCGGCCUCUCCACCUCCGGAAGGGAGACUUCUACUCGUACCUGUCGCUGUCGUCCCAUGACAGUGACUGUGGGGAGGUGGUGCAGUUCUCCGAGGAGCAGAGCUCCACCCCGGCCCCCCCCAGCUACAGCCCCGACCUCUUCACCAGCACCAACCAGCAGAGCUCCUCCUCCAGACGCUCCUCCCCGAGCCUCCACGCCACCUCCCCGGACCUGAGGCCCGACGCCGACACCUCCACGUCCCCCCCACCCAGUCCUGACAUCAGGGACGAGGAGACGCUGUUUGCAGCCUGCACGGAGGAGGUGUACCUGGGGCCCCCGCUCUGCUACAGCAUGGUGCUCCCCAAGAGACCCCGCCGCCUCCUCCUGGACGCCGCGGCGCUCCGCUCCAGAGAUACUGCGCCUCCUGAUGGCUCCUCCCCCACCUCCCUCGUCCUGCAGGGGCCCGGCCCAGAGGGAGGAGGCGCGGACCUGCUCCUCCUCUGUGAUGUCGCUGCGGGAGAAGCUGCGUCCGCUGUGCUGCAGGAGCAGGGGAGUCGUAAUGAGGGGCCUCCUUAUCUUAAUCCCCGGGCCCGUGUCGGCCCGAUCGCCUCCUCCUCCUCCAGCGCCGCCGCCGCCGCCGCGUGUUUAGCCGAUACCGGAGCGCUUCAGUCCAAUAUGGCCGCCGUAAUGACCCCGAUAAGGGUCUGCGGCUCCGCUACAAAUCCCUCAGAGGAGCGAGAGCCCCACCCCUCCGCCUCCUCCUCCUCCUCCUCCGCCGCCGCGCGCAUUAAUCCCAAAUAUAACUGCUCACCGAUGAGAGGGGCUGAUAGGGGGGAGGAGGGGGAGGAGGAGGGAGAGAGGAGGCGCUCAGAGACGACGGUGGUGAAGCAGGUGAACUUGAAGCCGGCUGUCAAUCACGCCACCAGGACAGCAGAGGGGCGGAGCCAAGGCUCAGUGAGACCGCCCACCUCCAGGAUGAUGAUGGUCAGGGGAGCAGGAGCCUCCAGGAUCCAGCUGUGAGGGAGGGGGGGGGCUCCGUCCAUCGUCUCCCCCUCGUCCUCCACGUAUCUGAUCCACCACCAAACACCGGACUGAAGAACUGACCCGGACCUUCAGGUUGACGGAGGCUGGUUUCUGAGCCGUCUGAGGACAGGAUGCAGGAUCUAAACCAACAAAGAGAGACGAGAGGCAGAGUCAUCGUCAUCACCUUAAAGCUUCACUCCAGACAAAUACGAUUAAAUGAGACUGUUUAAAAGAGGAGGAGGAGGAGGAGGAGGAGGAGGAGGAGGAGUUCUGCUGCUGCCAGUUUCCAUGUUAGAAAAUGUUCUUGUUUCUGGUUCAGACAAAACAAAAACAAAGAGAAAUCAGCUGACGUGAAAUGAGUCAGCUGGAGGAUUUAAAGCUGCAUGAUGCCACUGUAGACCACUAGGGGGCAGAAAGGCCGACGUUUUAGCUUCUUUGUUUCACACGGAACCUUAAUUAACUCACCUCCAGUCAGACGAGCCGAUCAGACGGGUCCUGACUCCACGUCGUGUCUUUAACCGGUGACUGCGUGUGAACAUCUCACCAUGAACUAAACUUAACUUAGGCCGCGGUCACGUGGCACCUGCAGCAUGUUGUUCCCUAAAAUAACACCUGGAUGUCACCGUGGUAACGUCUUCUUUAAUCAUCUGUAUCCACACCAUUAAUCCAUAACGACUCCUGUAACCUAAAAACUACAAUUUAUUAAAUAUGCACCAAAUAACAACAGACAGCGAACGUCUCCUGGACCAACAAGCUGCACCUGAACGCACCACGAAGACUACGGCCAAUUACUGGCUGCUAGGAAAAGCUACUGUUAGCUGGGAGGCUAGGAAGAGCUACUGUUAGCUGGGAGGCUAGGAAGCUAGGAAGAGCUACUGUUAGCUGGGAGGCUAGGAAGAGCUACUGUUAGCUGGGAGGCUAGGAAGCUAGGAAGAGCUACUGUUAGCUGGGAUGCUAGGAAGAGCUACUGUUAGCUGCUAGGCUAGGAAGAACGACUGUAAGUUAGGAGGCUUGGAAGAGCUGCUGUUAGCUGGGAUGUUAAGAAGCUAGGAAGAGCUACUGUAAGUUGGGGGACUAAGAAGCUAGGGAGAGCUUCCAUUUGCUGGGAGGCUAGGAAGAGCUAUUGUUCACUGGCAAGUUAGGAAACUUGGAAGAGCUACUGCAAGUUAAGAGGUUAUGAAGAGCAACUAUUAGCUUGAAAGCUACAAAAAGCUGCUGUUUGCUCGGAGGCGAGGAAGGGUUACUGUUAGCUGGAAGGCUAGGAGGAGGUACUGCUAUCUGGGAGGCUAGUAGAAGCUGCUGUUAGCUGGGAGGCUAGGAGGAGCUACUGUUAGCUGGGAGGCUAGGAGGAGCUACUGUUGGCUGGGAGGCUAGGAGGAGCUACUGUUAGCUGGGAGGCUAGGAGGAGCUACUGUUAGCUGUAGUCGUAGCAUAGAAGUUAUUUCUUUGUCAUUCAAGUGCAGCUUCUUGGUGUUUGACUAAAAAAUUUAUAACGUUAAAUGUAACAUUGAAUAUUUCAUUUAUGGAAGCACAUGUUUUACUCGUUUUCCCCCAGAAGAAUUAAUUCAUUCAUUCACUCAUUCAUUCAUUCAUUCAUUCAUUCAUUCAUUCAUUCAUUCCCAGUUUAUAGCGGUCUCUGUAUCAAGCGUAGCAUCCCGUGGUGAACAGGCCUGUGUUCGUAGCCCCUGGGUUCGCUCCGCUAGCCUUCGGGCUGCUUUGAGGUUCUCAUAGAUCUUAAAAAGCGUCGGUCGUGAAGUGAAACUUUCUUUCCUCCCUCGUCUGCAGACGACGUGUUGAACCAGGCGUCCAAAACGUAAAAACUAAACGUGAUUAAUCUAUGCAACACGACCAAAGCGGGCGAAAGCUGAAGUGUUGUGUAGACGUUGAGGUUCGAUGAGUGAGUUGUAUUAAACCCAGAGGUGGGUAGUACAAAUACUUCAUUACUGUACUUAAGCAUAUUUUUCAGGUAUCUGUACUUUACUUGAGUAUUUCUUUUUACUUAUACUACGUUUGUACACAAAUAUCUGCUCGUUCCAACGGAAAAACAGACUCGUUACGUUUUUUAACCUCCACGGACGUAAAAGACGUGACGUGACUGAGCACAGGCCUCGAGGGAAGAGGAAGGAGUAGGACAGGCUCAGCAUGGAGGACCGUCCAGUCCAUCCAUGACCUUAUUUAAGACGACUGAUCCAAGAAUGAUUCACUGAGUCUGAUCCUUGUUAAAACCAAAGCUGUUAAAUGAUCCAGAUGCUCAUGACUCAGGACCUCUGCUCAGUUCAGUCCAGAUUAUUCUGACACAACUUUAUUUAAUUUUAAUAAAUUAUCAACAGAUGUGUUGUUUCACUGAUGGCAAAUGUACUUCAGUCCAUUUCAGAGCGUGUACUUUCUUACUUUUACUGGAGUAAAGGAGUUGAAUCAGUACUUUUUCUUUGACUUAAGUACAGGAUGUGAGUAGCUUUGCCCCCUCUGGUUGAUCCUGAACGUUCCACCUGUUGUUAUUUCCUAGAAAGCUCCAGAGGCGAAGCUCAGCGGUGACGCCGGGUUCAGGGUGUCGGACGGUGUCUGUGUGUGUGUCUAGGACAAUAUAGGGUUUGAAAUCUUUAAAAUAUAAAUGUGUGCCUUGCUCUACUAUUACUCCUCCGCCCCCUUUUUUCCAGUUAAAGCACUGCUUCCCCAGGUAGAGAACAUGCAACGUGGGAAAGGAAACGAGAAGCAAAGCCAGGUUAGCGUGGGGCUUGUGUACAUACGUAAAAGUGUCAAAGCUUGGACGGAGGGAGGAAUGCUCUGUGUUUGUGUUUUUCUCUGUAUGUGAUCUGUGAUGUUUAAUAUCUUUAUUAUUAGUAUCGCCAUAAAGAGCUUGACUGCAUGGUUCCUGCUGACCACUAUGUAAAAUCCAGCUGUGGAAAAGAAAUAAACUUGAUUUAUUGGAAAAACCAAA